AUGGCUCCAGUCCAGCAAUAUUUCCUCCCAGGCUACGGACUGUCCCGACACAUCGUCUUGGGCCAUAUCCAUUACUUCCUUGGACCCAGUGCAACAGUCAGACCGUACAGCUACCAGGGACGCGAAGGCUACCUGAUUAACGGCGUACCUCUUACGCGGGACCAAAUAGACGACCUCAUGGUCAUGUCCCGGGAGUAUGAACGGCAGGAGGCUACUCGAAUGGUGCAUAACGCCAGCGCGGCCUCAGCUUCGACUACCGUCAAUGAUACAUCGAAUGAGACUUAUAUCAACGAGAUUAUCUUUCUUAAUCUUAAUCAACCUGCACGGAGACGUGCGGAGCCAGACUCCUCACGAGGUGGUCGUUGA